AUGUCCCUCUACGAAUACAUCCAAGAGUUCGCUAAGGCAAUCGCUUCGCAGAAACUGAAAAAACUCCGAAACCUCCUCACAAUCAAUCCUGGCCCCGAGGAAGGUGCAUUGCGUGCUUCGUUCCAGGACCCCAGCGAUGUGGACUUAUACCUGUUUCCAGAUAAGUUCAAGGCGGUGCUUCAGUCGUACUUGCAGUUAAUGAAGUCGAUAUAUGUGGCAGCCGACAUCAAUCGAUCUUUCCACGACCAUCUAGACUUGAUGGUUCACUUGAAUCGUGCCGCAGAAACCCAAACCAACUGGAUCUGUCCGACGCUUAUAAACUGUAGUAACGAAUUGAUAUCGAUCUAUCAGGUGCGGGCAAAGCUGUAUCCCGAUGAGGAAGGUGACAGUGACGACCUUGAAAAGCCCACCACCAACUCGUUGGAGUUGGUUGCAAACACCAUCAACAGAUCGUUCAAGAUCUGCCUCACCGACAAGAACAGCGACAUGACCCAGUCGAAGAAGUCAAGCAUUCACUUUUUCUUGGCCACGCUCAUCAAGAUCUAUUUCAAACUAGACCGCUUGGAGUUGGCCAAGUCUAUGGAAAAGGCUUUAAUGGGCACUGGCUUGGCCAUUCCAACGAUCGUGCACAGUCCUGUCGAGUACCGCAAGCAUAUUGUCACAUACUUGUAUUACAGUGCUCUCCUCUCGCUUGAUGAGGGCGACUAUGCAUUUGCGGAGACGAAGUUGCUUACCGCUAUGGAAUUUCUCUCGUGUUAUAAGCUCCAGAAAAAGGUCACGGCUCAGGCUGAAAAGAUUCUCUUUCUCUUGGUGCCUUUAAAGCUUCACAAUUCUCGGUCAGUGUUGCCUCUGGAGGUGUGGGACAGAUAUACAAGUUUGAGGUACGUCUAUAAGGACCAAUUGUUUGAUGCGAUUUACACAGGGAACCUCCGUAAGUUUGACGAGUGCAUCAACAAGUUUCAAGCGCUUUUCCUCAAAAGACACAUCUUCAUCUUGGUAUUGAAUUUAAAGUCUCUAUGCUAUUUACGACUAAUCAAACGCACCGCAUCCAUAUGUGGAGAGAUGAACACGCAAACUCCACACAUUUUGGCGUUCAGUGGGCUUCAACUUGCACUUGAGUUCUCCAAAGGCAAUAAGUACGAAUCAAAUGGCUACGGUGUACCUGAAUCGGUGGCAAAUGGCGAGUAUUCCACGUCCUACGAGGAACUUGAGUGCAUAAUGGCCAACCUUAUUGCCAAAAGGCUCAUUAAGGGCUAUCUUUCGCAUGGCAACCGAUGCGUUGUUUUUCUGAAAACAAAUGCUUUCCCACUGACUCUGGAGAUCUAA